CGACCACGACCAGGCUUAUCGGAAGCGCGCAAUCUCUAUCAAUGCAAUAAUGCUGAGUAAGAAGAAGAAGAAGAAGAAGAAGAAGGAAGAAGGAAGAAGAGGAGGAGGAGGAAGCGAGAAGAGAUGAAGGCCAUGGCACUCCAAGCAGCAUUCUCACUUCCCUCUGCAAUCUCUACCCCCAAGGAGGGGAAGUGCACGGCGGUUCACAUUAAGGAGACCAGUCUUGCAGGGAUUUCCGUGAGAGACCACCUCCAGGAUGAUUUGCUCCUCCCCACCACCUUCGCUAAGGAUUUCAGGAAAAGAGGUGUGCCCUUUUUCGUAGUUAGAGCCCAGACAGCGACCACGGCGCCAAUAAUCAAAGAUUCCCAACCAGAACAAAAGAAGACGGAAAGACAGUUUAAUGUAGUGGUCACGGGAGCCUCGUCCGGGUUAGGCCUGGCCACGGCCAAGGCACUAGCUGAAUUGGGGAAUUGUCAUGUCAUAAUGGCAUGCCGAAACUUUCUCAAAGCGGAGAAAGCGGCUAAAUCGGUUGGCAUUCCGAAAGAGAACUACACCGUGAUGCACCUAGACCUUGCCUCUCUUGAGAGUGUGAGGCAAUUUGUUGACAACUUCCGCCGUUCGGGUAGGCCAUUGGAUGUGCUGGUUUGUAAUGCUGCUGUGUAUCAGCCCACCGCAAAAGAGCCAUCAUUCACAGCCGAAGGGUUCGAGCUCAGUGUCGGGACUAAUCAUCUGGGUCAUUUCCUUCUUGCAAGAUUGUUGCUUGAUGACUUGAAGCAAUCGGAUUACCCCGUGAAGCGCCUCAUCAUUGUCGGUUCCAUUACAGGGAACACAAACACAUUAGCUGGAAAUAUACCACCAAAGGCCAACUUGGGGGACCUGAGGGGCUUAGUGGGAGGAUUGAAUGGGGUGAGCAGCUCGCCUAUGAUAGACGGAGGUGAGUUUGAUGGUGCCAAGGCCUACAAAGACAGCAAAGUGUGCAACAUGCUCACCAUGCAGGAGUUCCACCGGCGCUACCAUGAAGAGACCGGAAUCACGUUCGCUUCUUUGUAUCCGGGUUGCAUUGCCACUACUGGAUUGUUCAGAGAGCACGUUCCCUUGUUCAGACUUCUAUUCCCUCCCUUCCAGAAGUACAUCACCAAAGGAUAUGUCUCUGAAGAGGAGGCCGGAAAAAGACUCGCACAGGUGGUGAGCGACCCUAGCUUGGAGAAAUCGGGAGUCUACUGGAGCUGGAACAAGAACUCAUCCUCCUUCGAGAAUCAACUCUCCAAAGAAGCCAGUGAUGCCGAGAAGGCACGUAAGCUAUGGGAGAUCAGUGAGAAACUUGUCGGAUUAGCUUAGAUCGGCAUUACCACAGAUCUUCUUUCUCAAAUCAAUUUCAAUUGGCUUGAAAUCCAUGUAUAAAUGUAGAAAAAGAUUUUGCAUUACAAGAAAGUGUAAACAUGUCGAAACUAUGUCUCAAAGAUUAAAUUGAACACUUGCCAAAGCAAUGUUAUCUGGUGACCGACCACCCAACCUCAUGCUCA